GCUCCAACCAGCCGGCCCGUGCCCCAGACCUGCCCUGGUGAGUUCUCGUCCCUGGAUUGGCCGCCAGAGAUUCAUCUACUCCCUGGGCCUGCGCGAUGCAGGACGAGAGAAGAGGAGGGUGGGCAAGAUGGCGGCUACUGCGGCUGGUGUGGGCCGGCUAGAGGAGGAGGCGUUGCGGCGAAAGGAACGGCUGAAAGCCCUUCGGGAAAAAACCGGACGAAAGGACAAGGAAGACGGGGAGCCCAAGACCAAGCAGCUCAGAGAAGGGGAGGAGGAAGGCGAGAAGCACAGGGAACUCAGGCUGCGGAACUAUGUCCCCGAGGAUGAGGACCUGAAGAGGAGGAGGGUGCCCCAGGCCAAGCCAGUCGCGGUGGAAGAGAAGGUGAAGGAGCAGCUGGAGGCCGCCAAGCCUGAGCCCAUCAUCGAGGAAGUGGACCUGGCCAACCUCGCGCCCCGGAAGCCUGACUGGGACCUCAAGAGAGACGUAGCCAAGAAGCUGGAGAAGCUAGAAAAGCGGACCCAGAGGGCCAUCGCCGAGUUGAUCCGUGAGAGGCUGAAAGGCCAGGAGGACAGCUUGGCCUCUGCAGUGGAUGCUACCACCGAGCAAGAGGCCUGCGACUCCGACUGAGGCACGCCGUAUCCCAGGCCUGGCCUGUGGGCGGGUAGCCUUGGGUAGGGGCGGGGGCUGGGCUUGCUGUUACCGCCAGUUUGGCUCCAGAGCCACAUUGCCUCAUCAGUCCGAAACCCUUGCCAUGGGGUGAGGUCAGCUCCUUGUUUCCUAAGUGGUCCCCAGCAGACUGAGAGGGGCAGAGCCAGUAGCAACCGUGUGGGCUUGCUGUGUGUACAUACGUAUGUAUUUGGAACUUUCUUUUAUCUCUGGAAAUAGAAGCAAGCAGACCCACGUGCGUGGCAGAAACCUAUUAAAUAUUUUCUCGGUCCUUGGGGCGCUGUGGGUUUGGGCCCCAAGGAGUAAGCCCUGUGUGGGGCCAGGCAUGUCGAGGCUGGAGGGGUGCAGAAGGCCCAGGCCCGACCUUUUGAGGCCAGGUCCUGGUCCAGUCAGGCGGUCAUGUCAAAACCUGUGGGUGACAGAGUCUGAGAGGCUUUUCUAAGCCCUCCCGUGGGCCCGGACCUUGCAGGAGUGUCUGGUCAGCCUGGAGAGGCUCCCAGCCUGGUCCUCUGUAGAUCCCCUCACAGUGUGAGAGAGAGAAGGGAGAGGCUGGGCGUGAGGAGCGGGUGAGCUGUGCCCUGACAAGCCUCCAUUCCGGGCCACUCCAGAUCCAAGACUUCUGGCGCUGUUGUGUCUCAUUCUCACAACCCCCAGUGGCCCCCCGUCCCUACGUCCGAGUCAGAGCUAGACCGUGGCUUCCCUGGGACAGGGCCCCUGCAUUGGGGAGGGUGGCUCCUUAGGAUAUUAUAGCCUGGGUUUGGGGUGUGGUCUUGGGCCCUGGGUCCCCAAGGUCCUGGCGUUAGGACCAUGAGCCUCCUCUGUGGGGCUGACUCUCCAGAGUGACUGACUGGCCACAGUUCUGACUCCCAGGUCCCUGUGGCCAACUAGAAUUUCAUCUCCAAAGUGAUAACACGCUUGAGUUGCCUUCAGGGUCUCCCCUUGAGUCUCCCACCUCCACCCUGUGUCAUCCCAGUGCGCCCUUCCCUCUGUGCUGAGUUGGAGGAACACAUUGGCCUGACUCUGGCGGACGGUGCCGAGGACCCGGGCCGGAGGGCUGGAGCGGGUGUGUGCGACAGCAAAUGCUUUCAGCUGGAAGUACGCAGCUACCCUGAGAAGGUGACUGGUGCAGGAAGGGAGCAGGCAUGACUGAGGGCCAAAGCGGUAGAUGGCUGGCUGAGCAGCGGUCAGGCCCAGGACUCUGGUUCCCACGCGAGCAGGGGUCACACAUGCCCACGGGCGGCAAGGCCGGAGCCAGACUCCCUCUGCAUCGUGGCGUCUGGGACUGGCCUUCCCUUCCUGGGAAUAAAGGACAAGAAGGUGCCCCCUGCCCUGGGACUGCCGUAGGAAGCAGGGUGCUUGUCCAUGGCAGUGCAGGCCUCAGACACCCGGCAAGGUUCCCACUCCGCACCGGCGCUGGGACUAGCUUGAGGCUGGCCCCACAGAACGGGAGCCCCGAGAGCUGAGGAAAGGUUUGCUUCCUGCGUUGACAGCUCCGUGUGCCAACAGAAAACCGCCGUGCAGGGAGAGAGCAAAACCAACAGCAUCACUCAUGAUGGGCACGCGAACAAAAGUUACAAAAUAUAUGAGGAGAUCCGUGCCUUGAAGAAGGGCUCCCACCCCACCAGGUGGAAGAAUUGAUACCCAAGGAAACUGAAACUGUGACAUCCUACCAGGCUUAAAAUGAGCCUUUGUUUUCUCACUAGAGAAGUAAAAGAGGCAUUGAGCCCCAUAACUCAGGAACGGGGAUUAGGUAUGAGGAAGACCUGGUUAGUAAUCUUGGAAACAAAGAAUGUUUAUUAAAAUAAGCAACACGCACACACAGAACAUAAGCAGCUCCCUUGAGGAGCUAAAUACUAACAGUCAAAGAAGGGAUUGAUCAAUUGGAAGUUAAAGCUGACGCCCCAAAAGACGGCAGAGAGAGAAGGUAGGUCGCAAAGCUGACAGACUGCCAGGUGUCCUUGAGCAGAUGGGAGAUCAGGAAAAGAAAACUGGAGAAAGAAGGAAUGGCUGACCACUUCUGUCUCUGGUAUCAUGGGGCCACAGCAGCCUGAACUGAUCCUCCCUUGGCAAAUAGCUAAAAAUACUAGGUAAAUAAAUAGUUACAACAAAUACUCACUGACCAGGCAAGAAAGUAAGGAACACUCAAGCAGAAGGUAGGAGAAGCAGCAGAAUGCUGAAGCCCGACCUUUGACUUGAAGGUAUUUGACAAACGAGGUGAAACUGAGCAUUGGUUUUUGGGGUCCUCAGUGCCUGGGACUAAGAUAACCCAGUACCUGUGCAUGAUGAGGGGCCUGGUACGAGAGCCCUCCAGAAGGCUGGAGCUGCGAAGGUCAGGGCCCUCUGUGAACUAAUAAUAGAUCUGCUCCCUUGGCAUCACAGAGAAAAACUGAACCUUGCCAUUGACUGGAGUGAAGGAAGGUCUCCCUUGAGGACUGAGCCGGCCCCCACGUGGGUUUGCACAUGAGAAACCUCAAGCCUGGGCGCCUGGGUGGCUCAGUUGGUUAAGCGACUGCCUUCGGCUCAGGUCAUGAUCCUGGAGUCCCGGG